GAACUUGAAAUUCAGUUCGUUUCAACAAUUCCUGUCGGUUCGCACGAAAUCCGCGCUCGGCUCUGCUCCGCGAAGUGCUGUAGUGAAAAUUUGGGGAUUAGAAUGAAUAUUCAGAGUCCCUGAGCAGCUCCAUCGCGCCCCAUUAUAGGAUAAUUGGAUAAUAAUCCCAGGUGCCUAGUCGAUGGGAAAAAGUGUUGCAAAGUGAUUCAUUGAUCUGAUCUGAUAUUGAUCUAACAUCCUUGGAACGUGAAUGAAAAGUAUGCAAUUCAAGUGAAACUGUGAAGAAGCAAUGGAAAAUCGGUUCACCCCAAACCAUCGGCAGUGUUCCUAGAAAGGAUUGGUCGCCCACAUCGGAUUGGUCGCGCAGUGGAAGCAGAAAGGAGAUCUAGCGAAACAUUCUCUGAUACGCGCUUGGAAGGAUAUUCGAUUACUUUGUGCCAUACCGUCUUUCACGGCAUUCGGGUACUGAUUGAUUUGAUUUGUUUUUAUCUGAAAUAAUCCGGUUGUGUUUUGUGUGUCUUUAUGUGUUACCUAAUUUGCCAUAUGAGUUUAUUGUUUACCAUCCUUGAAAAUGGAAAGACCACCGAGGUUUUACACGAAAAGAACGGAACAUUAUAAUAAUCUACAAAAACAAGAGGAAGAGAAGCUUAACAACAACAAUAACAACAUCCGUCAGCCUGUUCAUCAAUCGCUGCAUCACAACUCUGCUCAGCAACAGCAGCAUCUUCAGCAGGGCCAGCAUCCCCUGAAAGACAAUUCAAACAUUCGCCAGAAGCAAUCCAACGUCGUUAAACUCGACCACUUGCGCAACCAACAACCAGAGGCGCAACAAGCCGGCUCUCGUCCCAUCAAAACCGGUGCCCAGUCCCCGGCCGCAGCAUCGACAGCCCCUACUCAACUAUCGCCCCACAUUACAACCGGGGGAAGCCCUUCGACUGUGUCCCAUCUCCGUUCCAUUCGUCCGUUUCCAGCUUCGGCUAGCGCUGCCAACAGUUCGACAGGAACUGCCAACACCACUGCCACAGGUUCGUCCUCCGAGGUAUCCGGAGAGAGGACACUCAAGUGCCUGGAAACCCUCGCCCAGAAGGCCGGUAUCACUUUCGACGAGAAGUACGACCUGCCGGCCCCGACCCUGGAGAAGUCACAGAGUCCGGCGCAGGUGGCACAGCAAACGUCGGUGCCCCUGCAGCUGUCCCAGGAGCAGCUUCAACAAUUCCAACAGUUUCAACAAUUCCAGCAGGCCUUCAGCGGCGCUGCUACCAUCCAGGUCAAGCAGGAAUACAACCCUCCUCCACCCCAGCAGACGAAUGCUUCCGGUGGUCUCGAGCAGCAACAACAACAGCAACAGGCAAUGGCUGCUGGUCAACAACUAUCCGCUGCAGAAUGGCCGCACGGGCGCGUGCAAGUGCUUCAACAACCCCUCCAGAACCAGUAUCUGCAACAGCUCUACGGCUCCCAGCAACUCCUCCUGCAUCCCGGGAUCGGCGGCCAGCAACAAAUUCAGCUGAUAGCCGCUCCUAAGCCGUUUCAAGGUGCCUCCCAGAUGUUGACGACGGCUUCCGGAAAACAGGUCAUAGGCACCGGGGCCGGUAACUUUAGCGGAGCCUACGCAUUGCCGACAAUCCCAUCGAGUCAGUCACAAACGCUGCUAUUCAGUCCUCAGGACGUCCAGAAGCAACUUACGGUAGCCGCAGCGGCUGCUGCUGCAGGCGCCGGAGGUCCUAAAGUCCAGUUGCAGAAAAUUGGCACUAGCAUAUCCGCCGCAGGCCAACAGCAAAGCGUAACUACGUUGACUCAACAGCAAGCUGCCGCGGCCGGACAACAGUGCGUCCAAGUCUCGCAAGCCACCAUGCCAACGGCACAGCUGUUGAGUCCGCUCCAGCAGCAGGGAACGCAGCAGAUGCAGUUCACGGCCCCUUGGAUUCAGGGUCAGUUGGGUCAAUUUUGGACAGCGAACAACAUUCAACCGCAAAUUCUUGGGAAUCCAAUCAUCUUCCGCGGAACUGCACCCGAUGGAAGCAGCAAUAUGUUCAUCCAACAGAGUCCGCAGCAAGCGAUCCAACAAGCUUCUACUCAGGCUCAUAACCAAACUCUUACACUGCCAUGCACCAUUGCACAACAACCACAACAGACCCAGCAACAGCAACAACAGCAACAGCAAGCUGCAAAUCAGCAACAGCAAAAUCAGCAGCAGCAAGCACAAGCUACGCAACAGCAGCAGCAGCAACAACAGAACGCAGCUGCUCAACAACAGGCCACCGUAGUGAACCAAUCGCCUAACGCUGCCCAAACGGCGAUUCAGCAGAAGAAUGCCAGUCAUCUGGCGCCGAAACAAGCCCAACGACCUCAAAUUCUUCCGCAAGGAACAUCGCCAAUACGGCCCUCGGCAUCUACGCAAACGGUGCAAGCUCAGCAGAACCUCCUCGCUAAAGGAGGAAAAAUGCGCACCAAACAGCAACCGGUGCGUCCAUCAGGUCCUGUUCAAAUAAAAACUGCUGAAAUCACCACCGGCCAGGCAAAGAUCGGUCAACCGCAGCAAAUGCAACAGGUUGUCACAACCGGUGGAAAAAUGGUGCUUAUGAAUACGACUGGACAAAUCAGCCAAUCACCCGUACUCAACAUCCAGUCGAUGAUGCCGGCUGAUAAACAACAACAAUUGCAACUACAGCAGCAGAUCAAAACUGCUCAGCAGCAGCAACAACAGCAACAGCAGUUACUCCAACAACAGGCAAUUCAACAGUUCCAACAGCAGCAACAGGCACUUCACCAACAGCAGCAACAACAACAGCAACAGAGCCAGCAACAGCACCAGCAAAAUCAGCAACAACAAAUCCAACAACUACAGCAGCAAUUUUUGCAACAGUCCAAUCAGCAAAACCAUGCUAAUCAGAUGGUCGCCGGGUCAAAUCAGACUCAACAAGGCCAGAUUGUACAAACAACGUCUGGUACUCAACCUGGAAACAUCCUGCAGCAGUUUGUCUUCCAGCAGCAGGGCCAACCGAAUCAGUCCGGAAUCUCCAUGAUCAACGUAACUUCCACCGAUUCGAUGCUUCAGCAUCAGCAGCAGCAGCAACAACAACAACAGCAUCAGCAUCAACAGCAACAGCAUGCUCAAGCAGUGGCUCAGAAAGGCACUACUCAAAUGAUCAUUACCAACCAGCUGCCGCAAGCAGGAGAUCGUACAAGCGUGGCCCAAUCCCAAACCUUACAAAUCGAACGAACUAUCCUCCCUGUGGUUUCUAUAGCCGGCAUGACGACCGCUCCGAUAGUUGUUUCCAGCAACGGAACAACCAUUUCCCCCAUUCAUCAUCAAGGUCAAACAGUCCAAGCUGGCCCCAAUUCCGCCAACCAACUACCCACAGGUAUGCAGCAAGGCUCACAAAUCCUCGUAUCAACAAUACCCACAUCCGUACACCAGCACAACACCCAAAACCCAAUCGUCGCCAUGACAUCCCUUUCGGCCACCCCGCUUUCGAUGAUGGCCAACUCCGUUACAGCUACACCCGUUUCGUCCACUUCGGUGACAACGACAUCAGCCGGAAUCAACCAAGCGCCGGUGGUUUCCGCCUCUAUAACGACUACAUCGAAGGAAAGUGCCGAAAAGGCGGUCAGUGUUGCCAUGCUGCAGCUGCAAACGUUGUCCACGCCCCAGAAGCAGAUCCAAAACCUGCAGAUGCUGGAGAGCAUGAAUGCGGCGAAUGCUGCUGCUGCGGCGGCGGCCGCUGUCGCAUCCGGGGGUUCCAUGAUGCCGGGAUCCACUAGUACGGUCGCUAGUACAGGGCACGGUGCAACCACGUUGACGGUGACCAUGCAGAAAACGCCAAUAUCACAAACCCAGUCGGCAUCGCAAGCCGUCGGCGGUAUGGGCAACAUGGGAACGCCUGGUUCCGGUGAGCUGGCUACGAAUAAACUGCUGGGUCAUCAUACGCCAACCAAGACAACGACAACCGCCGUGGGAAGUUCCGUUAGUGCGGACACUACCGCUAAGGAGAAAGCUGCGCUGGAUAACAGUAUGAAAGAUUCGACCCAAAACACAGCUGCCGCUGCGGACAGCGCAUCCGAUGCGCAAUUAAAUGGUCCAACGCCGAUGGAUACCUCGUCGCCUGCGCCUUUGACGACGGCAACGACAACGACGACGACGACCACAUCUACACCCAAUGCGGUAGCGGUGGGAACCCCGACACAAGCAGCCGCAGCUUCACCAGCAUCUGUAUCUACCGCGCAGACCACGACGACAACAACCCCAUCAGCGGCAUCCGCAGCCGGGCAGCCAGCUGUCGCCUCGUCAGACGAGCCGGCAGGUGCAGUUAGUACAACUACCACCGCGCCUCAAACGACGACGACUACCAGCGCUUCAUCGUUCACUACAACGUCGACCGGUUCGCUGUCGUCGUCCACUACGACAAGCAUUGCAAGCGCCGCCACCGCCGCCGCCACGGUAACCAGUGUAACCCCAGUGACGGUUACCUCCGGUCCUCCAACUUCGGUCGCCGUCAGCGCUAAUGGAUUACACCUCGCCACUGCAACACCUCCGAUCAAUACCGCCGGUACCACUCCGACAUCGCACGCUGUAUCAACGCCCACCACCGCUAGCACGCUCGCCCCUGGUGGCGGUAACACCGGAACGGGCACCACCGGGCUACCACCCCAGAGCAAAACGGGAACCACCGACAAGGGCGGCCUGCCGAAGGCGAUGAUCAAACCGAACGUACUGACGCACGUCAUCGAGGGAUUCGUGAUACUGGAAGCGAACGAACCGUUCCCGAGCCACUGGCAACGCGGCCCGGAGUGGGACUCCAGCGACGAACCUCCAAAAAAACGUGCCAUCAUCGAUUCCAGCUCGCCCAUUUCGCCGAGUAACGGCCUGCAGCACGUCCCAUCCCCCCAACAGCCCAUCCCCGCCGGCGUUGAAAUGGGCAACUGCGAAAUUUGCGGCAAACCGGAACCCCGCAGCAAGAUGAAGCGCAAACGCUUCUGCAGCGUCGACUGUGCCCGGGCAGCCAAGCAAAGUUCCACCGACCGGGUGACGUCGCCGCCCCACAACGGCACGCCCACCGGUCACGAGGGUACCGGCCAUCCCACCAGCACCGGCAACGGGCUGGACCACUCGUCCGUCACGACCACCGUCAACCCGGUGGCACCGUCCAACAUCAAGCUGGAACGGAUGGAUACGAUGGACCAGUCGGUGUCGCAUCAUUCGGCGGCGCAGUUUUCUGCGGCGAGCGCCGCCACGCCGAUGGAAACGGGAACGGCAACCAUUCCGGUAGUUCCCCCGGUGGCCCCAGAGGAGAGUCCGGUCAUCGUGAAAUGGACGGUGCAGGAGGUAUGCGACUUCAUUAAGAAACUGCCCGGAUGCAGCGACUAUGCUGAAGAUUUUGUCAUUCAUGAAAUCGACGGCCAGGCGCUACUACUGUUAAAAGAGAACCAUUUGGUCAACACGAUGGGAAUGAAAUUGGGGCCCGCUCUGAAGAUCGUUGCAAAAAUUCACUCCAUGAUUGCGAGUGUCACCGCCGAUGGACAGCAGCAGCAGUCUUAAAAAAAGCUGGAGGAAUGAUGUGAUGGGAACCCCAUUCUACUGCCGCGCUGUUGACUAUUUUCCAAUAGACUUUUUUAUUUAGUUUUAUUUCCCCUCAUUUGUAUAUGUUUCCUUGUACAUAGUCAUUUGUUGUUUAGAAGUUAUCUUAAUAAGCUGAAUUGAAACUAUUCAAUUGCCGAUACGAUGGGUAUUAUACAACUGAAUCAAUAACUAAUCGUUCUAUCAAAACCACGCAUUCGAUGGUUAUUAAAUUAAUUUAUUUUAUGAUAAUUUAGAAAAAUCUCAUUUGAAUUGUAAAUCUAUAUUGGUAUAAAAUAUGAAGCUUUUAUUCAAUGACAAACUUCAACCUGUACAUACAAACCCAGAUUCUUCUACUUUCCUAAGAUUAGUUCGACAAGUAGCAACAAGGUAGAAGUAAAAAAUCAAAACACUGUUUCCUUAAAUAUAAAUUCACAGACGAAAAAAAAACAUUCAAAAUCAAUAAUAAGUUUAUAUAUUGCAAAACUUUUGCCAAAUUUUAUAAUGAUAAAUAAAAAGAGUCAAGGCAAUUCUAAUGUAAAAAGAAUAAAUAGGGAUUCUACGAAAUAAAUAAUAAUUACUGAUCCUACUGUAAUUAAAAUCAUACGAAAAAUUAAAUUAAAAAAAAAA